UCUUUCAAUCUUAAUUCCACCAUGCAAGGCAACAUUCAUUUUCUUGCCAAUAUUUUUGCUAUAAUCCUCUCACUCUCUCUAGCGAAUGCCGAGACUCACUACCAUCAAUUUGUGGUCCAGGCAACUCCAGUGAAGAGGCUGUGCAGAACUCACGACAUAAUCACCGUAAACGGCCAAUUCCCGGGGCCAACUUUGGAGGUCAGAGAUGGCGACGCCCUAGUCGUCAAAGUCAUCAACAGUGCUCGAUACAACGUUACCAUCCACUGGCAUGGCAUUCGCCAAAUGAGAACACCUUGGGCCGAUGGGCCUGAGUACGUGACUCAGUGCCCAAUUCAGCCCGGGGCGAGCUACACCUACCGAUUCACCAUUGAGAAUCAGGAAGGAACCUUGUGGUGGCAUGCUCAUAGCAGAUGGCUUAGAGCUACAGUAUAUGGGGCCCUCAUUAUUCACCCCAAACUCAAUGUUCCAUACCCUUUCCAAAAGCCUAUGACAGAGAUUCCUAUACUUCUUGGGGAAUGGUGGGAUAGAGACAUCAUCAGUGUGCAACGACAGGCGAUUUUCACUGGCGCGGCUCCUAAUGUCUCCGAUGCAUACACCAUCAACGGGCAGCCAGGAGACCUCUACAGAUGCUCAAGAAAAGAAACUGCAAAAUUCUAUGUCAAAUCCGGGGAGAUAGUUCUCUUGAGAAUCAUCAAUGCUGCACUCAAUCAAGAACUAUUUUUCACCGUUGCCAACCAUAUGCUAACCGUGGUUGGGAACGACGCCGCCUACAACAGGCCCUUCGCCACUAGAGUGGUCAUGAUUGGCCCCGGGCAGACCACCAACGUCCUACUCACUGCGGACCAGCCAGCCGGCCGUUACUACAUGGCUGCACGUGCAUACACCACCGCUCAAAACGCAGCAUUUGACAACACAACCACCACUGCAAUCUUGGAGUAUUACUCAUCUCCUUCCCCUUCCACAAGGCCUCUGAUGCCCACGCUUCCGCGAUUCAACGACACAAACUCAGCAACCGCGUAUACCAGCCAGCUCAGAAGCCUGCCAACCAACAACAACAGAGUCCCAACUCAAAUUCAUGAAAACCUCUUCUUCACCGUGGGAUUAGGCCUCGUCAACUGCACCCCCGGCCCACGCUGCCAGGGGCCAAACAACACGCGCUUCGCUGCAAGCAUGAACAACGUCUCAUUCGUGCUUCCACGAACCACCUCGCUCUUACAAGCAUACUACCAGAAUAUACCAGGCGUUUUCACCACGGAUUUCCCACCGGUGCCUCCUAUUGCGUUCGACUACACAGGCAACGUGAGCAGGGGGCUGUGGCAGCCGCGCCGCGGGACUAAGCUGUACAAGCUCAAGUACGGCUCAAAUGUGCAAGUAGUGUUGCAAGACACUGCCAUUGUCUCAACAGAGGACCAUCCCCUGCAUCUCCAUGGCUACCAUUUCUACGUCGUAGGGCAGGGUUUCGGCAACUUCAACCCGAGAAGAGACACUGCGAGAUUUAACCUCGUCGAUCCACCUCUUCGCAACACCAUCAAUGUGCCGGUUGGAGGCUGGACCGUGAUUCGUUUUGUUGCGGAUAAUCCUGGGGUUUGGCUGAUGCACUGUCACAUAGACUCACAUCUCAGAUGGGGAUUGGCCAUGUCGUUCUUGGUCGAAAAUGGACCGGGGAAGAUGCAGUCUGUCCAACCUCCUCCACCUGAUCUGCCUCCUUGUUAAGGAAAAAUAUGUGAUUCAUGUAAUGUGUGUUGAUUGUAGAAUUUGCUUGGAGCUUUAAGUUUCUUGUACUUACAUUCA